GCAACAUCAGUUUACUGCGUUCAAAGUGAUUUAAUUGUUUAUGCAAUAAUUUACAAGAGAACAUGCUUGAAACUGACAAUUAAUCAGCUCUUUUGCCUGAUACAUCCCCAAGGCGCAGGAUGAAUUCGGAGUUACCACCUCUCUCUAGUGCAAGCAGCUUUACUGAUCUUUCUGAUAAUAAGGAGGAACAUGUUGCUGAAAUUCAUUAUAAAAGUGGCGGUGUUUACAAAGGUAUGGUUAAAAAUAAUCGUAGAAGUGGAAAAGGAAUUUUCUACUGGACUGAUGGGUCUUGGUACAAUGGAGAAUAUCUUGAUAACCAACGCUCAGGCCAAGGGAAACAGCUUUUCAGGGAUGGUAGUUUAUAUGAAGGAGAAUUUUUAAAAGAUUUGCGUGAGGGCAUAGGAACACAAACAUACAUCAGUAAGGAGGGUUUAUAUAAAGAAGAUGAAAGACUUGGACCUGGUGUUCUUACCUACAGCUCUUCAAAUCUUCAAGACGUUGGUUUAUGGCAUGGAGAAAAAUUAAUUCGGAUCGCUUUUACCGUUGCUGGGGGAUUCACUUUGCUUCAACAUUCACACUGCAUCCGUUUACACCAAGAGAAAAACAAUAUGAUUCAUAUGGCUGAUUGCUGGAAGAUAGAUACAUUGUUUGAAGAUUUGUGUCAGGAGAACACUUAUUAUGAUAUUUUGUCUAGCACACAGCUAUCUGAGAAACUGAAAAAUAUUUAUAUUGAUUAUCAAGACAAAAGCAGUUGGAAAAUCAACUGUGACAUCUUCAAUGAAAAUUUUGUUUCAGCAGCCAAAGGAACCUUGGAUCUAAAUGACAGUAGAAAAUUAUGGAAUCUGACACCAUUUUUAGUGGAAUUACAGAAACAUAGCUUAAAACAUUCCUUUAAACAGGAUCUGAUAAAUGUUAAUGCCAUAUUUCAAUACAAUCGAGAGAAAUUCUUGGGAAAGGGCAUAAUGGAGAAGAGCUCUGAGACAUUGUUAAAAAGUACAUUUACAGGAGAUCAGGAACUGGUUGAAGCAAUCCUAGAAGAAAAUAUUGUAAGCCCAGACGUUAGUGACAGAUAUGGCUUACAUUCUCUGAUAAUAGCAACAUCUAUAGGAAAUGAUGAAAUCAUUGAAUUACUGCUCAACUGUGGUGCUAAUGUUAACCAGCUUAGUGAUGAAGGAUGUUCUGCCCUUACUGUUGGAAUUAUUCACUGUUACCCGUACUACCUAUUUCCAAAGAACAUCCAAAUACAUAAACAAGGUUAUCUUCCAAACUACAGUGUGGGCCGAGAAAAUGAGAAACCAUGCAUACCUCUAUGCUAUUCAAAUAUUUUUGAUAUGAAUGAUACCCUUUUCUGGCCUGAAUCAAUAGAUAACUCUGUGGAUAUCCCUUCACAAACUUCUGCAACCAUCAUUUCUAAAGUGAUGGCAGUUGAAAACAAAAGUAACCAAUGGCAAGAGUCUGCAGUAAUAAAUACAUUGUUACCGAAAAAACAAAAUUAUCAACAAAAAGACAGUAAUUAUGUGCGCAAGUCAUUCCCAGACAAUAACAAAUCAUCCCCAAAUAUGCCUAUUUACGAGCAGGCAUCGGAUGACAGAAAUACCAAAAGUUUAACAUUGCAAACUGAUUAUGCAGGGAAUAAAGUGAUAGAUGUUAAAGAUGCAUCGGAGGCAUAUGUAGAACUUAAAGCAGAUGAAUCAGCUUCUAAACUGGAAGGGAAAAGGGGCAAAUCAGAAACACUUACUGUUCCAGGUAUAUCACUAAAAUUUACCAGCAGUAGUUCAAAAUUGCCCAAAAAAGUUUCAUUCAAAGACAGUUCAAAAGGAGAAUUCAAUAUUAACGACAACAAGUACCGAACAUGCGUUAACCUACUCCUACAGCGUGGAGCUGAUCCUAAUGCUGCUUACUACCCAUGGCCAGUUCUGUACUUUGCUAUUAGAGCAUCUGAUGUAGAAAUGGUGAGGACACUUUUGUUGAAGAAUGCAUCCACUUCAUUCAGUCUCUCAGAUGCGGAAGGAGGUGUCACUCCUCUACAUGUUGCCUGUGGAAUGCCCGGAAAGGAAGGAAUUCAAAUGACGGAAUUAUUGCUUAAUUCUCUCGCCGAUGCCAACGCAAGAGCUGCACUUGACGGCUCCUACAUGAACACUGCAUUGAGAGACGAAUGGCAAUUUGAUAGCAUAAGCCCAGAUUCAAAGUCAGUUCUAGGAGGCCGUACUCCGUUACAUAUUGCAUGUGCACGAAAUGAUAAUUAUGAGGAUGCAGCUGCUGUUGUCAAGUUGCUGUUAGAAAAGAAAGCAAAUCCAAAUGUUUCGACAAAUGGUUUUUCUCCCCUUGCUUUAGCAAUUGCCUGGGGAAACAAACUGGCAGUGGAAGAAUUAUUGAAUAAUGGUGCUGAUCCAAACAUGGAAUUAACACAUGGCGUUGGUAACAGUCUCUGUGUUGCUGUGACCACUCAGUUUGAAGAGCAAUGGAAUCUUGAAAACAGAUUUGAAUUGAUUGAAACAUUACUGAAGUAUGGUGCCAAUAUUCUUACAGAAGUCCCCACUGGAUCCAAAAGAGUGCAGUCCUCAGUAGUUGACUAUGCCCAUUACAUGUUUAAUUUGGUAUCAUUUAUUACUUUAUCACCAUAUCUGUUACAACUGGGCAUUCUGCUUCAUACUGCCAGUCUGUUAGGUGCACUCACCCCCUCUACUCCCUCAAUGGAGUACUACUCCAGCAUGGCCUUGUGGUUUUCAAGGAUCAUUAGAAGUAUUAUGCGAACAGGUUAUCUUUCUGAAGAGGAAGUUAAAAAAGGAAAGACCCUUCAUUUUGCGGAUAUUGAAGAGGAAGGAGAGCUAGACAGCGAGCAAACUGGGUUAUCUGGCAGAAAAUUAAAUUUGAAGCUGAUAAUAUUUAAAGCUAUUAUUUUUACUUUCAGGCAAUCAUCAGUCAAGUAUUGUUACGACUGCUGCAGAUCUGCACAUGUACACCUGAAGACAUGCACUCGCUGCAAAGCCGUUUCCUACUGCAGUAAAAAGUGUAAAUCAACAGCAUGGUCAGACAGGCAUAAAGGCGAAUGCCAAGACAUAGCUGAAAACAGAAGAGGAAAGAAGAAUGCAGCUGAUACACAUGACACAAAGGAUAAAUAUGGUAGAAGUCGGAAAGCUGGUAGAGAUGGUAAAACUGGUAGAGAUGGUAAAACUGGUAGAGCUGGUAAAGCUGGUAGAGAUGGUAAAGCUGGUAGAGAUGGUAAAACUGGUAGAGAUGGCAAACAUGCUAGAUUUGCUAAAACUGGCAAAGCUGGUAGGUUCGGUAGAGCUGGAAACAUUGAAAAAAUGGGUAGAGCUGGUAGAUUGAUAUGCUUAAUGAAAGGCAAAUUUAUAUCCAAGGCGCUUAUGCCUGAUCGAAGUGACAUGGUAUUAAACAGAGAAGAAGUAUAUGGAAGCAACUACAGCCACAACUGAGUGGGAAUCUUACAUGAAAAUCAGCAACAUUUUUAUAUUUCAUGUUAACUUGAGUUGUCUUUAGGUUCAUCUUUGUUAUUGCAAUAGCAGAGAGCAUGUUUCAGUACAUUAAAUUGCUUUAAUAAAGGAAGAAAGCAAUAGAAUAAUUUGCUCAAUGUUUAAAAAGAGAGAGAAUGCAGAAAAAUGAAAUAAAACAAAAUAAAAAGAACAAAAAAAACAAAACAAAAAAAAAUAUCAAUUCUCA